AUGGCAGCAACUCCCGACCAAUUCGAGGGUUUCUUGAUUAAAGAUACCAAGAAUUGGAGUACCUUUACUAAAGAAAAGUUCACUCCUAAAGUCUUCGAGGACCAUGAUGUCGAUAUCCAGAGCGAGUGUUGCGGGGUCUGUGGCAGUGAUGUACAUCUCAUAACCGGUGGAUGGGGUGAUCUCCCAACAUCCCCCAUCUGCGUUGGCCAUGAAGUCAUUGGAAAGGUCCUCCGCGUAGGGAGCAAAGUCACCACCUGCAAGGCUGGCGAUCGUGUCGGAGUCGGUGCCCAGAUCCAAGCCUGCUUGAAAUGCAAGAACUGCAAGGAGCAUAACGAGAACUAUUGUCCCCACAAGGUUGAUACUUACGGUGCACCGUACAAGGAGGAUGAAGGCCAUAGCGAAGUCGCCAUGCAGGACAAGAACGGCAAACAGAUCUUCUCGCAAGGGGGCUACUCAUCCCACAUCCGCGCUCACGAAUACUUCGUCUUCCCCAUCCCCGAAAACAUCCCUUCAGUCGAGGCAGCACCCAUGAUGUGCGCAGGCCUAACCACAUACUCGCCUCUUGUCCGCGCCAAAGUAGGCCCAGGAAAGAAAGUUGCAAUUCUCGGUAUCGGCGGCCUAGGUCACUUCGCCCUCCUCUUCGCCCGGGCCCUUGGUGCUGAGGUCUGGGCUCUGUCACAUACGCCUGGCAAGAAAGACGAAGCGCUCAAGCUGGGUGCUCACCACUUCGUCUCGACCAAGGACAAGGAUUGGGCGAAGCCUCUAGCUUUCAACUUCGACUUUAUCCUCAAUUCGGCAGAUAUGACGAACGAGUUUGACCUGCCUACUUACUUUGGCACGCUUGCUUGCAAUGGCGAGUUCCAUAACGUGGGGUUGCCAGACAAGCCAUUGCCGGAGAUUAUGGCGCAGGACUUUGCUUCUAACGGCUGCAAACUUACUGGUUCUCAUAUUGGUAACAGAGAAGAGGCACUGGCUAUGUUGAAGCUUGUGAGUGAGAAGAAAUUGAAGCCUAUGAUUGAGACGAUUGAUAUUUCCGAGGAGGGGUGCAAGAAGGCUGUUGAAAAGGUCAAGGUUAAUGAUGUGAGGUAUCGUGUUACUUUGACUGGUUUCAAUAAAGCUUUUGGGACGUAG